AAGCAGGUUGCCGACGAGAUGAAGAGAUCCGCGGCCCGGAAGCACCGACGCCACUCGGGCGUCGGGGCGGCGGUGCCGUUGUUCACGGCACAGCAGAACAACAACGUGCCGGGACCAAACACAACAAACACUGCGCUGCCGGCCGCGCCUUUCAACAUUCAACAACACGGCGAAAAUAACCCUUUGCGACGCUACAUCAGCGUGCGAGCCGGGGAGGUCAACGAAAAGGCUUCUCUCACGGAGGAAGAGCGGUCCGCGUCCGCGGAAAUGAAGGGAAGUAUUAACGUUGCCGGCGGUGUCAUAUCCGCAGCUACUGGAGGAACAACUGCGCCGGAGAGAAAAAAAUCCAAGGGAAAGCUACUGGCCUCGUAUCUGCGGUUGAUGGCAACGCGAAACAACGAGUCUGGUGCAGAAGUUGUGCCUGGCGAAACACAAGAUGUCAGUUUGAGCAGCAAAGACGUCAGCAAAGAUCAUGCCACGCCCACGGGGGGACCUCCGAGUAGCGGUGUCACCAACAACGGCCGGGAUCGUCGCCCCAUUGAGCGGAUUCGAAAGAAUCGCAAGUAUCGGGAGCUGAUUCGCGACAUCGACGUGGAUUCGUCGACGUCAACGCUGACGGCCCCACCGCAGCAGCCCACGCAGCACCCGGCACAAAGUUCCGAGGAGAGCGCAAACUCUCCGCGCGACGAUCCCGCGGUGGCGCGCAGCGAGGAACAAAAUGACACGUCUGAAACACAGCCGGCGUCCAGCGACGCCGGUAUUGGUACGACGGCAGAGCGGGAGCGGUUGACGAGUGCGGCGUCGGAGAGUGCAGGUAAGGAAAGUGUCAUGAUUUCGGAGAAAGCAGCCUGUGUUGAACAACGGAAGACCACGGAUGGAGCUGUGGAGACGAGCGCCGACAAAAAGAGUGAGGACGCCGUCGUGAAGCUGGACCAAAUUCCGCCGGAAAGUACAAUUCUGGUUGAAACGGUUUCGCCUGAACCUGAAGAACCAGAGGGCGCUCCUAUCGGAUUCGUACCGGCGGUAGGCAGUGCGGCGCAUGCGGUCGAGGGCAGCUACACAGAAAGGGGAACCACAGGUCUGAUCGCUCCUGAGAGCAGUACAAGUGGACGCACAUCCCCAACAGCGUCUACGGUUACUACAGGACCGAAAGCAAGCGCGGGUGGACUCCCAGAUGAUGCGAAAGAAACCAUUGAAGACGAGAGCCAUCAUCUUCGCGCAGGUCCUGUUCUCAUGUCAGGAACAAGCGGUGACAAAACCGUUAAUCUUUCGGGGGGCCCACGUGCGCGGGCUCUGGAGGCAAAGCUGGACAAGCUGCUGCACAGCAAAGACCGGCUUCUCGGUUCGCGUCGGACAUCUGAAGCGUCCCGAUCUUCGCGAGGGACCCGCCGCACCUCGUCUGUGGGGGCGUCUCGUCGCGCCUCCGAGAACAAUUCCAACAGCCCGUUCGCCUCGAAGGGUGUGCUACGCUCGCCCAGCGCCAAUUUCUCUUCGUCUCGUCGUCGCACGCGCAGUUUGCCCGCGUACCUAUCUCCGCGCCGACAGACGAGCCUGCGGUGGCACUCGAAUGUUGGAGGAGAGGACGACUUGGCGAGAAAGGUGAAGACGCGCAUCCAGCGGAUCAAGAGAGCAGCGCCCGCACCCGCGACGUCAAAAUACACGUCGGGAAACCGACCGAGGCUGAGAAAACCACUCGGCACGCAGUCUGCCCCGUCCUCGCCAAACGCGAUCCAGUCGCCUGUCGACACCGAGACUGUCGCCUUGUCGCAGGACGCGCUGAGUCGGUCGCAGCGGACCGGAUCCGCGGAGGGGCAGGACGUGGAGACCCGGAGCCAGGCCUCCGUCGCGUUGAGCAACCACAGCUUGCGCAGUAGCAGGAGCAACGAGGUGGUGGAGGAGAAGUUGCGCGAAUACAUUCUCGAGAAUCUAGGCACCAACGAAAUGGCCCAGUUCUCGGGGUCCAAAAGGGACGCUGGCGUGGUGGAGGCGUAUGACCAGCAGUCGGUAACUGCGAGCGGCCCGGCAGAUUACACGGGCACGUACAAAACCGCAGCGAGCAAAAAGGGCAUGCAACGACUUUUGCGGAAAUUUUUGAAAAGUUUGACCAAAAUCAGCCACGCACCCAAGGACCGGCAGCGCCAAACCUUUCCCCUACCGCAAGCCGGCGCCUCCGCGGCGGACGGGCCCAGAAAAAAUCCUCGCACGUAA